AUGUCAUCGUCGAUUCAUUUUCCAUCGCUAUCUUUCGUCAGAUACUGCUUUCAUGAUGGCCCUCAAGAUCUUCAUGUGAGUGAAACCGAUCUCGAUGUUCACAUCGUUGACGCCGUCAAUAGAACCGGGGUGACUGGCUACAUAGCCGGCGAUGCGAUCAAGCCCAUCUAUGAGGAGCAUCCAGACUUUGAGUACAGACUUUUAGUUCGAACAAAGGAAAAGGCAGAUCUGGUUCAAAAGGCAUAUCCCACCGCCAAAAUAAUUCUGGGAGAUUUGGACUCAUCAAGUCUCCUGGAAGAAGAAGCCGCGAACGCUGAUAUCAUCCUUCAUGCUGCAGAUGCAUCUGAUCAUGAAGGAGCCGCAAAAGCAAUCGUCACAGGCCUGGUCAAUGGACACACCAAGGACAGCCCUGGUUACUGGCUGCAUACGGGCGGCACGGGUAUUUUGACGUUCCAGGAUUCCGAGAACAACUUCCAGGGCCUUGGAAAAUGGUCUGUCAAGCAGUACAACGACCUAAGCGGUGUCGACGAAUUGACCAGUCUCCCUGAGGAAGCGUUUCACAGAAACGUGGACAAAAUUGUUCUCGACGCUGGAAUCAAAUAUGCUGAUCGCGUGAAGACGGUGAUUGUCUGUCCACCAACGAUCUAUGGCCAGGGCCGCGGUCCCGUAAGUGGUCGUGGUCGACAGGCGUAUGAGCUCGCCAGCCUCAUUCUGAAAAAGGGUGGUAUCCCGGUGGUCGGUGAGGGCAAAGCGAGAUGGAAUAACGUUCACAUUGAAGAUUUGAGCGAAGUCUACCGAUUGCUGGUCAACAAGGCGAUUGAGAAGGAUACGAAUGAUGAGAUCUGGGGCGCAAAGGGAUACAUGUUCACCGAGAAUGGGGAGCAUAUUUGGGCUGAGUUGUCGAGGGCAAUGGCAGACAAAGCCAAGAGAUUGGGAUAUAUUUCCGAUCUUGAGGAGUAUUCGGUGGGGAAGGACGAGGCAAUGGAGCUGGCGGGCUUCGAGGCCGUUAGCUGGGGAUUGAAUUCGAGGGGCAAGGCGGAACGUGCUAAGAAAUACCUUGGCUGGAAACCGACCAGGCCGUCGAUUGAGGAUUCCAUUGUGGAGAUUCUGGAGGCUGAGCGCAAGCGCAUGUCGAAAUCGUAG